AUGCCAUCAAUUGAGGAGCUCAACCGGGCGUGGCUGCAAGAUGGAGCAUCAACCUCCACAGACGGCAGUAGAAGCCCCGGCUCGCCUUCCUCUGGAGGCGUCGCCAUCAUCGGAAUGGGUUGCCGCCUUCCUGGGUCCGCCACAGAUCCUUCUGCCUUCUGGGACAUGCUUCUGGCCAAGGAAACUGCUGCAGGAAAAAUUCCUCUGAACCGGUUUGAUGUCGACAAGUUCCUGCAUCCACAGCGCGGCCGUCCGGGAAGUAUGACCACCGCUGGAGGCUACGUGCUCCGUGAUGACCCGACGCUCUUCGAACCGCAGUUGUUCUCCAUGAAGCCCACCGAGACUGCUGAGAUCGACCCAGCCCUGAAGAAGCUGCUUGAGGUAGUGUACGAGACGAUCGAAUCCGCUGGCAUCUCUAUGGAGAAACUCGCGGGUUCAGAUACAGGAUGCUACAUCGGGAGCUUUAACCACGACGAGCUGUUUAGCAAGGUGCGCGAUAGCCAGUUCGCAGGGCCGUACACAGCCACCGCAGCCAUUGCACCUUUUCUCGCGAAUCGAAUUUCAUAUACGUUCGAUUUGAGGGGACCUAGUAUGACAGUGGACACGGCUUGUAGCGCAUCGCUGUACGCGCUACACCUUGCUUGCCAGGCCAUCAAUACUGGGGAUAUUGAGUCUGCAAUUGUGGCGUCCUCUAACUUGAUCUGGUCCCCGGAUAUGCAGAUGUUUCUCGACAAGUUAGGUGCGCUUUCUUCCACCUCGCAAUGCCAUGUCUUCGGUUCAGAUGCAGACGGUUACGGUCGUGGCGACGGGUUUGUGGGGUUCUACCUUAAGGAUUUGAACUCCGCGAUCCGUGAUAACGACAAUAUCCUGGCUGUCAUACGAGCACAGGAGGCUGCCAUGCGCAAGGCGUAUCAAAUGGCCGGGAACCUCAACCCACGAGACACGGCAUAUUAUGAAUGCCAUGGCACAGGAACCACAGUGGGAGAUCCGAUCGAGCUUAAAGCAAUCCAAUCGUUCUUUUCUGCACGUGAUAAAGAGAACCCUUUACUCUUAGGAUCAGUGAAGGCUAAUAUCGGACACGGCGAACCUGUUAGUGGUUUGAGCGGGCUGCUUAAGGUCGUCCUUGCUAUUCAACGGGGUGUGAUACCGCCCAUGAUCACGCCGGCUUCUAUCAACCCUCUUCUGAACCUCGAUAUCAAUCGCUUUCAACUAGUCCAGGAGCAAUCAGCAUGGCCAGCCAACCUACCUCGGCGUGCAAGUGUCGCUACCUCUGGGUUUGGUGGCGCCAAUGCACAUGUUGUUGUUGAAGAAUUUGUAUCCGACGGUCGACAUGCAGAGGUUGAUCGAAAUAUACGACCUUCGCGCUUCUUGCUGCCAUUUUCAGCACAUAAGUCUCAGUCUCUGCUUCAGAACUGCGCUGCACUAGCGACCGCUUCUGAUCGAUACUCAUACUCACCCAUCGAUGUGGCUUACACACUUGGGCGCCGAUCCCGUCUGCCAUAUAGGGGAUUUGCUGUCGUUUCAGCAAAUCCAUAUACUUCUCUUUCAUUGUCAAGUGACCACUUGCAGAUGGCUAAGCGGCUACGUACAACACCGCCCAUGAUUGGAUUCAUCUUCACAGGUCAAGGGGCUCAAUGGCCGCAAAUGGGAAAAGAGCUCUUUGGUCGAUGGCCAGCUUUCCAUCGCGCAAUUCGCAGAAUGAAUGAAACGUUACAACGGCUUCCUGAUGGACCCGCCUGGACGCUUGAAGAAAUCCUGCUUGCCCCGGCGGACAAGAGCCAGGUAUACGUGGCAGAAGUUUCGCAGCCGGCCUGUGCAGCAGUCCAGAUCGGACUGAUUGAAGUUCUGAACUCAUGGGAUAUCGUUCCUUUUGCAUGCAUGGGGCAUUCUUCAGGAGAAAUGGCAGCCGCGUACGCAGCUGGCAGAGUAACCCUCGAGGAAGCCAUCGUAGCUGCCUACUACAGAGGCAAAUCCGUUGCUCGCAUAACCCGCGAGGGCUCGAUGGCUGCCCUGGGUCUAACACCAAAUGAUUGCGAGACUCUCUUGGAACCACUGAAGGAUCGAGUCAGCAUCGCGGCAAUCAACUCACCUGAGAGCAUUACGGUCAGCGGUGACACUGACGCCAUCCAAGAGGUCAGCAAUAUCUGUAACAGCAAGGGAAUCUUCAAUCGUGUGCUCUCAACGGGUGGGAAAGCAUACCACAGCUUUCACAUGCGAGAGAUUGGGGAGAUCUUUGAGACCAGUACGCGACAAGCAAUGUCUCACAUAUACCAGGAGGAGGGAAGGCGGGCCGUCACACCUUUCUUCUCCUCCGUCUCAGGGCACCGAUUGCCAGAGGGCUCCCAGAUCACGCCGUCGUACUGGCGAUCGAAUCUUGAAGGUCCCGUGCUUUUUUCACCUGCCCUGGAGGAACUGGUGAACUAUGGCGUUGAUCUGAUUGUUGAGAUUGGCCCACACUCGGCGCUUGCUGGCCCCAUUCGACAGCUUGAGCAGGCCUUCCGCGGGAAGGAAAAAGUGUUUCCGCCGUACAUGCCGACGCUGGUGCGAAAGCGUGAUGCAGAGGAGUGCAUGCUCGAGCUAGCGGGUGCGCUCUUCAACGAAGCCUGCAAGCUUAACAUUGGGGCCGUGAAUUGCGCAGUAGAGGCCGCGACGGGGAAGGAAAUCACGCCAAGACUCUUGUCUUCAUUGCCGACGUAUAGGUAUGCAUAUGGCGACUCAUUGCAGCAUAUGAGCCGCAUUGAGACCGAGUUUCGAUUCCCGCAGUUCUCCUUCCAUAAUCUCCUUGGGAGCCGGGUUCUGGGAGCUUCGCCGCGAGCACCUAGUUGGAGAAAUGUCAUCAAUUCGGACAGCGCACAGGACGUUGGAGGGCUGAGGGUUCUGCAGACCGCUCAAAUUCCCGUCGCAUGUCUGCUAGAGAUGGUUCUUGUUGCUGCACAGCAGACCGUCCCUUCAAUUUCUGCUAGGACAUGGACCUUCACCAAUAUUCAGCUGCCGAAUGCAUUGACACUGGAGGUGGAGAAAGAUGUUGUUACUUGUCUUUAUCCGAAUGUGGAUGAAGGAUCAUAUUUGUUUGAGAUCACAAGCAUUCAGGGCAGGGAAGCGAUCGUUCAUGCCGCUGGGCAGAUUCAUGCCAAACAGGAUCAGCCAAUUCAAGGCAGUAUCCUUGAUGGGCGAAUUACGCCUAUCACAAUCUCUGCCGCAAAACUGUACAAGAAGUUGGAAGCUACAGGGCUCCAGUAUGAUGUGUCAUGGCAAUCGAUUGAAACAGUUCAUGCCAAUCCGCUGGAGAAUGUGUACCGAUAUGAACUGAGAGAGACUUCUCUCAGCAGACUCGGCACCCUGGAGACAUGCAUUCAGCUGGCCAUUAUGUCGUCGGUCACCCACCAGCAAACACACGAUCUCCAGUUGGCGUAUCCCGUAUCAAUCGGGGAGGUUGUUAUUACCGGCUUCUGGGACAACUUAGAUAUGUCUACUCCAUAUCUUGCAUCGACGAUUCAAAGCAGAGAUGUUGUGAAGACCGUCGACCUCUGGGACACAAAUAGCCAGUUGGCGAUAUGUCUCAAAGAUGUGCGCUUGAACCAUCUAGAUUGCAGAAUUAUAAAACCGACGGAGUAUCCCGCUCUCCAGUCAAUCUCGAAACCAGACUACACGACCAUUUCUCAAGACUCAAUAUCCGGCAUAUUCCCUGCGCCGGUCUUUCCUGGCGAAAGAACGUUCACCAAGGUACACAGACUCGCCUCUGCCGUGGUUGUUCAGUAUAUCUCCUCCCAAACAGAAAGCUCCAGCAACAAAACGUCGGAAUCACUCUCGGAAACAGGUCGGAACUUUUUCGAUUGGCUUGAGAAUGCGUACGCCCAGAUUCCCAACGGCAGCAUGCCUUACGGGCAGGAGUUAGCAGCAAUGGAUGGCCCAGCCCGCUCCAAACUCAUAUCCACCCUCUACGAAGAAGUUUAUCAGGACUCUGUAGAAGCCCAACUCAUGAUGCGCAUGUAUACAAAUCUUUCUUGUGUGUUGGAUGGCACUGUCUCGGCCCAUGACCUUUUAAUGGUUGAUGGUCUGUUGCACAAGCUUUACACCUCAACUCUCACAGCUGCCGGCUCGAUGAUCCAGCUCCGCCGCGUGAUUGAUCUGGUCGGGCAUAAGGACCCGAGUGCAAGAUAUCUCGAAAUCGGUGGUGGCACAAGAGGUGCGACAAGAGAAAUCCUUGACGUGUUGGGUGCGUGGGGUGGAGCGCGUCGGUAUGGGAGCUAUUGCUUCACUGAUGUGAGCAGUUACUUCCUCAGCGGUGCUCGGGAUGAGUUCCAGGACUGUCAGGACAUCUCAUAUGCCACGCUAAAUAUUGAGGAGGCACCCUCGAAGCAAGGUAUCGAGGAAGCUAGCUAUGAUGUGGUUGUUGCCGCAAAUGUCCUCCACGCAACGACCUCACUAGAGGAGACACUUCUCAAUGUCCGCAGGCUUUUGAAGCCAAAUGGGAAGCUUAUCCUCGUGGAAACUACCAUCGAGACGGUAUGGCUUACAAUUGUAUUGGGUGGAUUUUCAGACUACUGGAAGGGUCGACGAGACGACCGACCUACCUCACCCUUCAUCUCUGUCGAUCUGUGGAAUCAGACACUGCAAAAAUGCGGCUUCACAAGCGCGUGGAUUGAUCUUCCAGACUAUGCCGAUCCAUUCAGGACAAUGAACGUGCUGGUCUCUUCUGUUGCAGAUGAUUCGAUGAAUGGCCACGCUGAAAGUGCAGACAAGGGGUUAAUCGAGCGAUUCUACCCCAUGACACCAUCGAAGCACAUGGAAGGUGCCAGCUUGAACGCACAAUCAUAUUCCAACUCUGUGGUUCUCAUCGACUGUAUCGGCGAGCCCUUCUUCGCAGACUUGACAAUCUGGGUAGUCGCAAUGGGAAUUCGAGGCAUCAUCAUCGCUAGGAGCAUGAGCACAAAUACCGACGACAAUUUAAUAGAUGAAUUGAUAUUGUCUCAUCUCGAGAACCUUCGCCAGUUGGGAAUUGCCGUCUCUGUGGUCUGGGAGCCGCUCUUGAACGUGCACCAAGACAGAAUUUCCAUGCAGCUGCGCGCAACCUUAUCACCGCGUGUGAAGGCUGUCAUUUUUGGCAGACCAGAUGCCAGUAUAGUCAUGGAGGAUCUUCAUGGUGUAGCUCAACAUGCUUUUUCCGGGCGUUGGGCACCAGAGAAAGUCCUCAUUAUCACCUCUGCGGAUGCAACCUUCUUCGAUCUUCCCGCCCGCAGGAGCGGACAGGCGCAGUGUAUUGCAGACUCAUGGGCGAAACAAGGCCCUGCAUCCAGCUUACUUACCAUAUUCCAAGACCAGCCCACUUUCGAUGACCUCAUCCCAGGAAUAGAAGCUCUUUUCUGCAAUAGCAACGCACCGGCCUCGGACUCUCUUGAACUGUGUUAUGCUCAAUCCAUCGUCUCCGGUCUCUCCUCGGCAAAUGCUUCCACCCUCAUCCACGAACGACAGACGGAUGUCCCUCCUCAAACACUCGAUAAAUGGGCGAUUAUCCUCCAAACAGCCGCUGCGCAGGCUCAGUCCGCUAGCGCUAACACGACCAACGGCCAAGGAGCAACCCCGACCUCCACAGCAAUAGCCAAAUUCCGCUCUAUCACAAUUGAAGAUGCAGAUGGACGUCGCAAUUCAGCAACAGCUGCAGUCGCAGAAGUUCUCGCUGAGCUGCUCUUUAUCCCAAAAGAGCAGAUCAGCAUGCAGGCGAGCUUAGCGCGGAUUGGGAUCGAUAGUUUGAUUGCGAGUGAGUUGCGCAAUCAGGUUGAUGAGUUGUUCCAGAAAGAAAUUUCGACGGGAUGGCUGCUCAGUGGGGAGGUGACGGUGGCGGAUAUUGUAGACAUUGUUUUGGGGUCAUGA